AUGAGCAGAGGAAUGAUCUCAGGAGCAAGAAGACCUUCUUGGUUUUUUGCCUUUCUCAUCUUCGGAUCGGUUCGCUCGUUGUCUCCUUCAGCUGCCACUGGACAACGCAUUCAUGCGUUGUAUGCGGGGUAUCCUCAGCGGUACGAUGAAUAUCAUCAAGCCCUUCAAGAAGCUUUCAAAGAGAUGCACCUGGACGUCUGCCUCACCGAUGAUCUGUCCGAGAGUCCUGAAUCCAUUGACUACAUAAUCUAUAGCCCAAAUGGGCCUUUGAAGGACUUUUCGCCAUUUUGCAACGCCAAGGUGGUCAUGAGUCUUCGGGCUGGGUUAGAGGGGGUGGCCACCAAUCCAACUUUACCACGAACUGUACCCCUCACACGAAUGGUUGAUCCUAGUUUGCGAGAGGGUAUGGUGGAAUAUGUAGUCGGGAAUGUCAUGAGAUAUCAUUUGAAUAUGGAUUUGCUGUGGAGAAGCAAAAAUGCCGGGGAAUGGAUGCAGAGCGAAUCAAUGCCACUAGCACGACAAUGUGCAGUAGGGAUAUUGGGACUUGGAGAGUUGGGAGGAUCCUGUGCGGAUGCCUUGGUUCAACUAGGGUUUCAAGUCUAUGGUUGGUCCAGGUCUCCCCGAGACCAUGAAGGUGUCCUCUGUUAUCACGGCCCUACUGGUUUGGGACAAGUCCUGCAGGAAUCAGAUAUUUUGGUCCUUUUGCUUCCCAACACACCCGAAACCCACGAUAUCAUCAACCGGGACACCCUGGCACAGUGUAAACCAGGCAUUCGAAUCAUCAACAGCGGAAGAGGGAGUGCCAUCGACGAGGACGCGCUAUUGGAAGCACUCGACAAUGGAACCGUAGCAGGGGCUACUCUGGAUGUCUUCAAAACAGAGCCACUCCCCAAGGACCACGGAUUCUGGAAGCAGCCAAAUGUUCUCAUUACGCCCCACAUUGCAGCCAAAACCAGGGCCCACAGCGCAUGCAAAGUGAUUGCAGAGAACAUUAGGAGAGCCGAAGCAGGCGAACCCUUGCUCUAUGUGGCGGACAGGGAUACUGGCUACUGA